CCUUAAACUUAGAUUGUGUAUCUUUGCCAACAUAUAUAUAUACACACACAAUCCAGCAUUAUGAAAGUUCCAUAAAUGAAGUACAAAGCUCCAACUAGUGUGAGCUUGGAACUUUUCCUUAUCUCUCUGUGAUCAACUUUUCUUUUUUAUUUUACUCCCAUAUUUUCACAUAUAUCAAGAAUUAAAAAAGAUGUCUUUAUUAGGCAUUUUGUUGUUGUUGUUGGAGUUGUCAACAAUUUCAGCCAUGGCCAAAACAAGGCAAUUUAAAUGGAGAGUGGAGUACAUGCAUUGGUCUCCAGACGGUGUAGAGGGUGUGGUAAUGGCUAUUAAUGGAAAGUUUCCUGGUCCAACUAUUAGGGCAAGAACUGGUGAUACUAUUUCUGUUGAGCUUACUAACAAGCUUCUUACUGAAGGAGUUGUAAUUCACUGGCAUGGAAUUCCACAGCGUGGAACACCAUGGGCGGAUGGAACUGCAUCAAUCUCCCAAUGUCCCAUUAACCCUGGAGAGACAUUUGUUUACACGUUUAUAGUUGACAAGGCAGGGACAUAUUUCUACCAUGGACAUUAUGGGAUGCAAAGAUCAGCAGGAUUAUAUGGUUCACUCAUAGUGGAAGUUGCAAAAGAUGAAAAAGAACCAUUUCACUAUGAUGGAGAAUUCAAUUUAUUACUUAGUGAUUGGUGGCACAAAAGUUCCCAAGAUCAACAAAUUGACCUCUCUUCUAAGCCUUUUCGUUGGAUUGGUGAACCACAGAGUUUGUUGAUGAAUGGAAGAGGUCAAUUCAAUUGUUCUCUAGCGGCGCAAUUUAGCAAAUCAUCAGUUCCUCAGUGCAAGUUAAGAGGAGAUGAGCAGUACGCACCCCAGAUUAUUCACGUGCAUCCAAACAAGACUUAUAGGCUUAGAGUGGCUAGCAGCACUGCAUUGUCUUCACUCAACUUGGCCAUUGGGGGUCACAAAAUGGUGGUGGUUGAAGCAGAUGGAAACUACAUUCAACCAUUUUCUGUAGAAAAUAUGGAUAUUUAUUCAGGUGAAAGCUAUUCAAUUCUCUUCACAACUGAUCAAAACCCUUCAAACAAUUACUGGAUUUCAGUCAAUGUAAGAGCAAGAGAACCUAAAACAUCUCAAGGCCUCACUAUAUUGAAUUACAUUCCAAAUUUUGGUUCAAAAAUUCCAAUUUCACCACCACCAUUGCCACCUCUUUGGAAUGAUUAUAACUACAGCAAAGUCUUCUAUAAGAAAAUCUUUGGCUUGAUUGGAUCACCUAAGCCUCCAACUCAAUACAAUCGUCGUUUUUUGCUCCUCAAUACUCAAAACAGGAUUGAAGGAUACACCAGAUGGGCUAUCAACAACAUUUCCUUAGUCUUUCCAACUACACCCUAUUUAGGAUCCAUAAAAUAUGGCAUAAAUAAUGCAUUUGACACAAAAUCUCCACCAGAUACUUUUUCCAAAGACUAUGAUAUCAUGAAACCACCACCAAACCCUAAUUCCACAUAUGGAAAUGGUGUUUACAUGUUGAAAUUCAAUACCACCAUUGACAUAAUCCUUCAAAAUGCCAAUGCCUUAGCCGAAAACGUCAGUGAAAUUCACCCUUGGCAUUUGCAUGGACAUAAUUUUUGGGUUUUAGGGUAUGGAGACGGAGAUUUUACAACAGAAGAUGCUGAGACGACAUUCAAUUUGAAUAAUCCUCCGUUGAAGAACACAAUUGUUGUUUUUCCCUAUGGAUGGACUGCACUAAGAUUUGUGGCAAAUAAUCCAGGGGUUUGGGCUUUUCAUUGUCAUAUUGAACCUCAUUUGCAUAUAGGCAUGGGAGUUGUCUUUGCUGAAGAUGUUCAUCUUGUCAAGAAUAUACCUAAUGAAGCUCUCACUUGUGGUUUGACAGGGAAAAUGUUCGCGAAAGACAAGCAUAAAUAGUUGUAAUUAAUUUAAAUGUUAUUUGUUUUCAAAUGAAUAAGAAGAGCUUUAUAAAAGGUGGUUAUUGUAACAUUAUCCUGGAAUAGAAGUUUAGAAGAUAAUUGUGAAA